AUGUCGUUCGGAAAGCUUUAUGGCUUCAAGGACAAUGCUCGCUCCACUGCCCUCCUGGCCGUCGCAAAGGAGAACAAACUCGAUAUCGAGCUUGUUGAGACCCGUCCUCCCAACGUCGACACCGAAUACCUCAAGCUGAACCCUCUUGGUCGAAUUCCUACCUUCGUUGGCGCCAAUGGUUUCAUCUUGACUGAGAGCAUUGCCAUUGCCAUCUACUUCACUUCCCAGAACGAGAAGACCACUCUUCUUGGAAAGACAAAGCAAGACUAUGCUUCCAUCGUCCGAUGGAUGUCCUUCUCCAACUGCGAAGUCCUUCCCGCUCUCAGCGGCUGGUUCCGUCCUAUCAUCGGAAGAGAUCCAUACAACAAGAAGUCGGUUGAUGACUCAAAGGCCGCUGCACUCAAGGCUAUCCAAGUUUUGGAGCAACAUCUGCUUGUACACACUUUCCUCGUCGGAGAGCGUAUUACCCUUGCGGACCUCUACACCGCUUCUCAGAUUGCUCGCGGCUUCCAAUACACUCUUGACAAAGCCUGGCGCGCUGAGAACCCCAACGUUACUCGAUGGUACGAGACGAUCACCGCACAGCCAAUCUGGAAAGCCAUUGUUGAAUCACCAGUCAUGAUCGAUGAGUGCAUCAAGUACACUCCCCCAAAGAAGGAGCCCAAACCUGCCAAGGCACCAUCGGCAAAGGCAGAAAAGAAGCCCGCUGAGGACGAAGAGGAGGAUGAGCCCAAGCCAGAGGUCAAGGCCAAACACCCUCUCGAAGCACUCCCUAAACCCACUCUCAUCCUCGACGACUGGAAGCGCAAGUAUUCCAAUGAGGACACUCGUUCGGCGGCUCUGCCAUGGUUCUGGGAACACUACAAGCCAGAGGAAUACUCUCUGUGGAAAGUGGACUACAAGUACAAUGAUGAACUCACCCUGACCUUCAUGUCUUCCAACCUCAUCGGUGGCUUCUUUGCCCGUCUUGAGGCAUCCAGGAAAUACCUCUUUGGUUGUGCCUCAGUCUAUGGUGUUUCCAACGAUUCUGUCAUCCAGGGCGCCUUCAUGGUUCGUGGUGACGAGGCUCUUCCUGCCUUCGAUGUCGCUCCAGACUAUGAGAGCUACGAAUUCACCAAGCUCGACCCCAGCAAGCCUGAGGACAAAGCCUUCGUUGAAGACCAGUGGUCGUGGGACAAGCCCAUUGAGGUCAACGGCAAGACAUACGAAUGGGCCGAUGGCAAGGUCUUCAAGUAG